UGAGUUUUUGUUUACCUAGCAACAGAAGGCAAGGUAGCAACGGUGUUUGGAGAGUGUCCAUGCUAACGCGAAGCUGGUUCAAUAUGAUGCAUCUUGAAUGCUAUUUGGCGAUUGCUACCGUGUAAUUAAAAAGUGAAGAUAAUAGCAGUUAGCUGCCAUAUUUGCCUGUCGUCCGCGUUUAUAAACUGAACAGUGCUAAAUUAGCUAACGUUAGCUAUUAGGAUCAUUAACGGUUAGCUAUAACCACGUCCAUCGCUCACUCCUAAAAUGUCUUUUCAAGAGUCACCUCGUCCUUCUGAUGAAGAGGAGGCGUUCUAUGUGCACUGUAGAGCCGCAUACCUGUCUCUGUUCAAAUCUAGUUUGGCAAAUAUUACUUCGAAACAGCAGCUAUGUCGUGCUCUACAGCAGGCUGGUAGAAAUCCAGCCCACGCAACUCUAAAUAAAUACUGGACCCCAAGAACAUCCAAGCUGAACUUCGAUGACUUCUGUGAGAUUCUCAAAAAUGAGAAGAAAACUGAUGAAACUGAGCUAAUGAGAGCCUUCAAAAAGAUGGAUUUGAACAGUGACGGCUACAUCUCACACAGUGAACUGCAGAAGGCCCUUACCACGAGAGGGGAGAAGAUGACUAUUGAAGAGGUGAACUCCAUUUUUUCUUUGGCUGACAUCAACAAAGACGGAAAACUGGACUAUGCAGAAUUCUGCAGAUUGCUGCUGUCUACAGUAGAGCAGUGUGAGACGGCUGCUUUGGAGAGACUCGAGGCAAAUGCCAAGCUGAAGCGACAGAACUUUGGCAGUCGGUCAUACAGCCCUCCAAAGAGCUCAGUAUCAUCGGCAUCAUCGGCAGCAUCAGCAGCAUCAGCACAAGCGGCAGCGACUGUGCCUCAAACUCCAGAAACACUCCAAGCAGAAUCAGACACCACACUCAAGAAAGACAGCAGAUCAUCCUCCCGUCCUUCUUCUGCGCGCAGCAGACGGUCAUCCCUGUCCAACUCCAUCACUAUGGCUUCCAGCAGCACUAGGGCCAGCAAAAUAACAGAGCCUUCAGGCCUACAGGAGUGGCAUCACGGUUCUAUGAAGGGCUGUUUCUUCUUGGAGGAAGACGGCAGUAUCAGCUCUCUGCAGUACGAGCUCCACGUUCCCCAGACAACCAACGUCUACCUAACCAUCCAACCACUCAGCCUCAGCCACGGAGCCGACAAGCCUUCUUCAUGGAUGACGGUGGACACGGCUCUCUUUGUGAUGGCAGCUGGUGAAACCAAGGAGGAGUCCACGUUAGUGGGGUUCACCGAGUCAAAGGACAAAGACAAAUAUGUUUGGAAAGGAGAAUUGCAUGCUGGGACUUAUUACCUGCUGCCCUUCACGAGUGGAUGCAAACUAAAGAAGAAGAGCAAAAAGAGCCCGUCAAAUAAACCCGUAGAGCUCAUCUACAGGACUGACUGUGGAGAACUAGACCUCACCAGGGAGCUGAGGGAGGCGCUGUCCGACGUCUUUGAGGUGAUCGACCUGGAUGGAAAUGGUUUGCUCAGUCUGGAGGAGUACAACUUCUUUGAGCUGAGGACCAGUGGAGAGAAAUGUGACAAAGACGCCUGGGCUGUCUGCAAAGAGAACUUUGAUAUGAGGAAGAACCAGUUGACGCGGCAGGGCUUCGUGGAGCUCAACCUGAUGGAGGCCACAGAGAAGGAUGGAGACCCCGCAGACUUGUGGGUCAUCCUGGAAGCUAUGGGCUUCAACCGAAUGCUGGAGCUAGUCGACGCCUGUCCAUUCCAGAUAGAAGUGCACUGUGAAGGCACUCAGCCAUCCAUCCAGCCACUCACUAUGGACUCAGGGCCCAAGCUUCAGAACCAGGCCCUCCAGAAGUCCAUCACCGCCAGGACGGGGGCCAAAGCACUGAGAGGACAAGACAACGUCUUUAUCUACACCUACCGAGGAGAACACAGGAUCUCCUCCCUCAUAGCUAACAAGACCAACCAGAAAGUGACUGUCCAUGUAAACAAUGAGCAGAGCAGGAACUGCUGCAGCAGCAGAGGCAUGAGUGUGUUCGCAGUCGAGGUUCCAGCCAGGACCAAGAUGGUGUGCCAACACAUUCUGCCCAUCAACGAGAGACACGAUUGGACCUACAACUGUGUAGAGACCAUACUACCCAGCACGUAAAGCUGUACUGCAUUUACUCAAGAUAGACUACUCAUAAACCUGUGCUUUCAGAUGGGAUACGUAAUAAAUGGAAAAUGUUCUAUACCCAGCGGCGGUAAAAAAACUGCAAUCGGACCGCAUGUGUAUUUCAGGUCCAGAAGGAACACGGCUUUCAACUUUUUGAAGGCCUGCGUUCAAAGCUUACCUGAGUUCUGUAAAGCCUUAAAUGUCAGACACCAGAGACCUUCUGGCGGCUCGUAGCCAGCAGCUUGAUCUGACCCAGCUGCAAGAAGGUUGUUUGAGAAGCUCGGUGACUCCAUGGAUCUGAGGGGUUAACUAUUGAUGGCAGCUGAGGGCGGUCGCUUAAAUUAUUAAGUGCAGCCCAUGAUGGUCGUUAAUGCUUACAUUAAUCAAUUAAUGUAGAGACUUUUCUAAAUGUUAACACAGUUAAAUGUAUAGAGUGUAUGGAUCAAGGAAAUAUGAAUUCAUAAUUCAUCCUUUAAAUGAUGGCUCUUGUCAAUUGUCAACUCUUGUCAAACAAUAUUUCCUCAUUCAUUGUAUACAGUCAUGUAAUACAGGCCAAAACAAAUAUACAAUAUUUAAUUUCCCUAUGUGUCCAUAUAUUUUAAUUAACAUUUCAUCCUUUUUGUCAUGUAGAUGUUAGUAGAAUUUUUUUAGUAUAUUAUACCGACGUAUAUUUGGUAGGAACCCCUUGCCCAACAUCUAAAAAUCUAUUCGGUUUUAUUUUCUACAAUGAUGCCUGAGUAUCAAUGUUUCUUAGACAUGUAGGUGCCAUGUAUGAUAGAUGUUCCAAUGGUUUUAAUGUGUGUGAUUUUUGUGGUAGAGCCCAAAGCUGGUCCUAAUACGACGCUACUGCACAUUGAAAUAGUAUUGUCUAAAUGCUCUUGAAACCAUCUUACCAUUCGACCAAAGGCAGCCAGGCUGUAACCACACAUCUUUUGAUGACCAAUGCUUAGUGAAUGCUGUCUGAAUGAUGUUUUUAUGUUUAAAGGAAGGAUUGGAGUCUGUUUCUCUCCAUAUUCUUAAAACAGUAUGCGGCUGUGGGGAUGUGGGUUGGCAGCGAAAUGCAUUCCUUUGCAAUGCGCUCAGCUCUAAACUUUAUUUGCCCUUGGCCUUUGCAGUUUAGAGCAGUGUUGACCUCCUAUUUAUAACUCUCUGGCCAUUAUUUGCCCUUUGACUUUCUCUGCUGAAACCAUAGAGGCACCUACGCAAAUGUCAUAUGGCAUGUGAGAUGUAUCUAAUGUCCUGAGCUCCUGUCUGCUCUUCCUUUCCCAAUGCAGAGGUUUGACUUGACUGGUCAGGGCAGUCUAGGUUCAGGGGUCAGGAGUCAAUUUGUCAUUGUGCUAUUCAAAUCAUUAUGUAGCAUGUGUGUUUUUUGUGUUGUUGAAGUAUUUCAGUUUCUAUGUAAUUCUGUGAAUUUGUUUUAGAACUUUUAUCUUGAAUUAUUAUUAUAGUUAUUAUUGAAAAAAAUAAUGCCAGUAAAUCAACAGUUGCAAGAAAACAGACGAUCAGAUCAGAUCUAGAUUUAAUUAAUACUAUAUAUGAUAGAUAGAUAGAUAGAACUAGGGGCAAAUUUACUCUUGCAUUUGCUCUGCUCUAAAGGCUGAAGAAUGCAUAGCUAUACGUGUACAUGCAUAGAUAUGUUGGUUCACAAAUACAAACAUACACCGCGCUUUCA